AUGGGCGCGAUUGAAACCCUGCUUGAGCCUUUCUUCGAAGAGACCUCCCCACGGCGUGGUCUGCCUGCCGCUGCCUAUACCGACAAGGAGUUUUGGGACGCCGAAUGCAUGUCGGUGUUCACCCGGAACUGGAUCUGCGUCGGAUUUGUUCAUGAAUUGAAAGUGUCCGGCGAUGCGGUGCCGAUAAAAAUUGCCGGUCAUCCAUUGCUUCUGGUGCGAAACAAGGAAGGUGCAAUUCGCGCGUUCCACAAUGUUUGCAGGCACCGCUGUCUGACGCUGGUGGAAGAACCGCGCAACGUGGGCAAGCUCAUCCGUUGCCCCUAUCACGCCUGGGCUUAUGAUCUCGACGGCAACCUGCGGGCUUCACCGCAUUUCGGUGGUGUGAACGAGCACUAUUCCAAAGGCUUUGACCGUAAGCAGAAUGGUCUGGUUCCGGUCCGCACACAUAUCUGGAACGACUGGAUCUUCGUCAACAUCGACGGCGAUGCCGAACCGUUCGAAGAUUACGCCUCCACGAUCAAGGAACGGCUGAACGGGAUCGAGUGGGAGAACUUGAACUGCAUCGGCACUUUGGAUUUCGGUGAAAUUGCCUGCAACUGGAAGUUCAUCAUGGAGAACUUCAUCGAACCCUACCACGUCCAAUUCGUGCACGCGUCGACAACCGACCAGCCACUUGAGGACCAUUUCACGAUCAUAGAUGGAAACUGUCUGGGCAGCGCAGUGGAUCUUCAAGAGGAAAUCGGCACAUCCGGCAGCCUUGGGGUCAGUUCCCGCUAUCUGACACUCUAUCCGAACUUCAUCUUGGGCCGGUAUUUCCCUGACCAGAUGGGUGUUUAUCUGAAUAUCCCGACGGGUCCGGGCACCAUGAUGCAGAAACGGGCGCUCUACACAACCGAAGGUCAGUCCCUGUCGGAGGAAGCCAUCCGGGGGCUGCGAAAACUCUGGUGGGACGUCCACAAGGAAGAUCAUGAAAUGACAGAGCGGCUGCAGCUGGGCCGCGCCUCGCAGGUGUCGGCCGCAGGCGGCGUGCUGUCCCCGGCCUGGGAAGACAGUGUGCGGGCCUUCCAGGACAUGGUGGCUCGAGACGUGACCAGCAGGAAAUUGCCGAAGGAAGGAAUCUACAAUGACAACCAAUAA